AUGGCAAAAACGGCCUUCAUCACCGGUGCCAAUGGCAUCGGCGGUAGCGCCAUUGACUCCAUUAUCGUCACGUCGGGGGGUCCGUUCAACCCUACUGUCACGGAUCCUCGUAUCAAGUUUAUCGCUCUCGACUUCACACACGAUACUCCCUCCCUAGUGGAAAAGAUGAAGGAGGUCUGUGGCCCCGUCAGCCAUGCUUAUUUCUGUUCCUACCUUCACAAGGACGAUUUCGCAGAAUCGUACGCCGCCAACAAGACCCUGUUCGAGAACUUCCUACGUGCUCUCGACAAGACAGCCCCCAGUUGGAGAACGUUACGCUCCAGUCUGGCGGAAAGCACUACAACCUCCAGGUCGAACCCGUGCCGUCUCCGGCGCGGGAAGACGACCCACUCCGCUAUGGACCAUUCGAAAACUUCUAUUUUCCCCAAGAAGACAGACUGGCCUAGAUGUAGCGUGGAAAGGCCUGGUCGUGGAAUGUCAUCAGGCCCGAGGCCAUCAACGCGAUACUGGGAGGGUAUUGAGGACGUCUCAUACGCAACUUUGAUUGUCGACCUGACCAUAUUCGUUUCGACCCGGAAGUCGUGCGCCAAUGAGGCCUCCAACGGUGAGUUUCAGCUCGACUGGAGUCUGGCCGAGUGGUGUCAGGACAAGCGGAAGGUGUGGGAGGACUUGUGCGAUCGUCAGGGUUCGCCGGGUGCCAAAGUGGCAUUCGACCUUGCCGGCUGGACGGUUGGAGAUUUUCUCUUUCAGCGGACGUGGAGUGCUACACUGAGUGUGAAUAAAGUGCGCCGGUUCGGAUGGACUUGUCACAUUGAUUCCUACCAAUCGUUUGUCGAUACGUUCGAUAAGUUUAGAAGCUCGGGUUGA